UUUAUUGAAUAAGAACAGUCAUUACAAUAGGCAGUAACUAAUUCGAAUCGAUAAUAAUACAUGUAUCAAAGUAUAUAUUACUUGAAUAUCCAAUCAACUUUUGGUUCGCUUACUUGUGAAUAUGUCAAUUUCAAUAUUAAUAAAUACUGUAACUGAAAUUUCUCGUCACUGAUUUGCUAAAACCGAGUUGGUUAUGUUUGUUUAUAUGUUACGUAAAUAAACCUGUUCGGUAACUAAUUCACUUCAUUUUUAUUAAUUGAACUUUGGACUUAUGUCGAUUGUUUGUCCAAUCUUACAUUUCUUAACUUUAUUGUUAACAGUGAUCAUAGUUUCCAGUUGUGAACAUCAGUCACCUAUUAUAAUAGUGAAUACAUGGCCAUUUUCAAAUGCAACUGAUGCUGGAUGGAAUAUCCUUAGUCCAUCGAAUUCCAAAGUAUGUGGUUCAUCAAUAGAUGCUGUCGUUGCUGCAUGUACAAAUGCAGAAGAUGAUCCAAAUAUUGAAAGUGUCGGUUAUGGCUGUUCACCUGAUGAAAAUGGACACACUUUAUUAGACGCAAUGGUGAUGGAUGGUAAAACAAUGGAGGCUGGUGCAGUAGCAUCAAUGCCUGAUAUUCGACAAGCAUCCCAAGUGGCACGUGAUGUCUUAUUAAGCACCCAACAUACAUUACUAGUUGGGCCACUUGCAGCGGAAUUCGCAAAGUCAAGAGGAUAUAAACCAACUUCGUUAGAUACGCCUAAAUCACAUGAUUUAUGGCUAAAAUGGAAAAACAAUAAUUGCCAACCAAAUUUUCGUAAAUCAUCAAAUUGGAUUCCAGAUCCUAAAAUAUCAUGUGGACCAUAUAGAUGGAACCUUUCUGAUGUUAAUUUACUUGAAUCGAGUGAUCAACGUGUCAACAAAUUAGAUAUCAAUAAUCAUGAUACAAUUGGUGUGAUUGCUUUGGAUGCUUAUGGUUCAAUGGCUGUCGGUACAUCAACCAGUGGGUCAACAUAUAAAAUUCCUGGACGUGUUGGAGAUUCACCUAUUCCUGGAGCUGGUGGUUACGUCGUGAAUAAUAUUGGUGGUGCUGUUGCUACUGGUGAUGGAGAUCUUAUGAUGCGCUACCUAUUGAGUUUUCAAGUCGUUGACUACCUUCGUCAAGGAAUUGGUCCAAAUGAGGCUUGUAAAAGAGCUUUGCAAAGCGUGAGAUCGCAAUCUGCGUGAACCCACACUGAUCCCAAGCCCUAUGUUGAUUUUGACUGAUUGAUUUUUGGUUUCCGAUAACUAAAUCUCAACGGCCCCAUUCUAGUACCUUGCAAUUCCCUAAAAGACUAGGUGGAAAUAACGCAAAAAUUUAUGAAUUUGAAUCAUAACUAUGUAAGUUCGAUCAUGUACUUUCCCAAAUUUACAUUGCUCCAGUCAGUAACACAAGUCAGAGUAGUUGGAGAAGCGAUAUAUGUGGUAUAUAUCUUACUUUUGUCUGUAGUUCCAAGAACAUAACCUUAUCGAAUGAUUCUAUCAACUGCCUUGAAAAUCGGCGCACAUCUCUAUCAUCUUCCAUUCCACAUGAAUGACAUGCUUAGACAUUUUGGAUCAAGCAACUUACAUUUACAUGGUUUACACCUUCAACAAUUGCUUUGCAGAAGUGCACUAUGACCGGAAUAAAUAUCGAGUGAUGUGCUCAUAUUUCUACUUGAACUCAAAUAUUUUUCCGGGACAAUAUUCAGCAUUAUCUGAAGAAAAGCUGGAGCUUUUUGUAUUCAUUUGGGGAUUGUAUCACAGAUCAAGUCCUUGGAAAUAAUGGAUAUCUCCAAAUAGGGAAAAUCCAUUAAUAUAGUAAACCACAUCAUUCUCUAUUCCUAAAUCGGGUUAGUUCGAGACCAUCCUUACAAAUUUGAUAGGUACAAAUAAAGGGCAAUCAGUUUAAUAUCAAUGAAUCUCUUCAAUAAAGUUGAAUUGGAAUAAUGAGAUUGAAAAUCUAUGUACCAUUUAGUGUUAUUACCUCGGAUAAUGAUUCUUAAUAUAUAUUAACAGCACAACGUAACUAUGAUGAUUAGGAGUAUUUAAAUUAUAGUAUGUACUAAGAAUCCCAGAAAUAACGUAAUCGGAUCAAGAAGUACUAGAUAAGCACAGACGAAUGUACUGUAUUUAGAAUUCGAAAUCAAGCAUUUGACAAGUACAAAGGAAUUAUUAGUUCAUUCAAACACCACAGUAACGUCGAAUAAAUAGUCAUUGGCAACAAUAUGCUUGAUCAGGGUACAAAUUAAAUUGAACAAUACCAUAGGACCUCACAACCUACAGAAUCGAAGUUUAUUUUCCUGCCCAGUAAAACAAUCAGUAUGAGUCACUGACAAGCUUGCUCGUGUAAUGUAACAUAAAGAUGUAAAAAUAUUUGAUCAGUAUGCUCUUUUUAAAGUCAGAAUUUCGUCCAGCGUUUUUACGUCAAUGAAUCGCCUAACUUGAAGCAAAAACCGUAAAUUUGGGGGUGCUGAUUAACAUUGAGAACCAGAACGUAACACACUGAUUACUACCUAGCAUUUAACUUUUUCGAUUAACUAUCACUUUGUUAGUAGAUUAGAAAUAAUAACUCAUUAUGAACAAUUGCGAAUAAUUACAACAAUAAAUUGUUUCAUUCGUUGUGUGAUUGAAAACAUUAUUAUAUUAAAUAGAUGGAAAUCUAUUCAGUUACGUAAACAUUUAUGGUAAAACUGAUUUAUUCUACUACUGAUAUAUUUACAAAUCCAUGGUACUUAUUUGAUAAUAAUUGAUCCACAUAACUCAAAGUACUGUACUAAAGUUGAAUCAUUUAUAUUGCUUAGCCAAAAAAAUGGUAUGGAGCUUUAGUCGCUCUUACAAGUCAAGGUGAACAUGGAUCAGCUUGCGUAGGAUUCGCUAAUUUCAAGUACAGUGUUCGAGCUUCGUGGAUUGGUAAUCAAACUAAAAUAAUUGCUGUAUCUUGUACUGAAUUAAAUGAAUUAUGAACAAAUAUUUUCACAUGAAUGACUAUUUAAUUGAUUGGCUUAUUUUUUUCAAAUCAAUGUAUUUCAAGCUUUCUUUCCCUGUAAUUUGUGAUACAAAGUUACUUUAGAAUAAAAAAUGGUUUUCUUUUAAUUAAUAAUGGAAGAGGCAAUAGUGACUAUGCAAUAUGAAAUGUAACAACAAUGAUUCAUGAAUAAUGCAUCCAAAGGAUUUGUGAGAAAUAAUAAAGUUCUACUAAAAAGACAACUCUUUUUAUCGAAACUGAAAUUAUUAAGAUUAUAAUUCAUAUUGAGACGUACUAAUAAGAACAUCUACCCUAAUUAUUUCUUAAUUCUCAUUUAUCAUUUCUUAUGUAUAAUACAGUCAGUCAUCUACAACAAAGGACUAUGCACAUAUAUGCAUAGGUCAAAGUUACCAUACAUAACU